AUUCAGGAAACCUGCGUUCAGCACCCUGCAACCAUUGUUGUCUCAUACUAUUCUGAAAAUUUGAUUACUUUGCUCUUGUUUGAGAACAUGGCUGGAGUUCUUGUUGGGGGAGCUUUUCUCUCUGGCUUCAUUAAUGUUGUCCUCGACAGGUUCAUUUCGGGAGAGACUUACAACUUGGUUGUGGGGAAGAAGCUUGGCUCUGAGUUGGUGAGAAGGCUGAGGACUGCUCUCUUGGCUGCCGAAGCUCUGGUUGCUGACGCUGAGCAGAAGCAGUUUGGUAAACAAUCUGUGAGGAAGUGGCUGGAUGAUCUGAGGGAUGCUGUCUACAAGGCUGAUGACUUGCUGGACCGUUUCUGCAUCAAAGCUGCAACUCAGAAACAGGUACCAACUUUCUUGCCGAGCUUCCUCAAUUUUGAAAAUAGGAAGAUUGUCAAUGAGAUAGAAGAGGUUGUUAGAACAAUAGAAGAUCUUGAGAGAUGCAAAGAAAGCCUUGGCCUGGAAAAAAUUUCCACCAGUAGCUCUUCAUGGAGGGCUCCUUCCACUUCUCUUGUAAGAGGGAAUGUGUAUGGCAGGGAGGAUGACCAACAGGCCUUGAUCAAGAUGCUGAAUGACAACACUGAGCAUCACUUGUCUGUGAUCUCUAUUGUUGGCAUAGGUGGGGUCGGUAAAACAACUUUAGCUCAAUGGGUGUACAACAACGGGGAUUUAAUGAAGGAAUUCGAUCUGAAAGCAUGGGUUUGCAUCUCAGAGAACUUUGAUAUCGUUGAGAUGACAAGGAAUGUCAUAAAGGGGAUCCUUGGAGGUGCUUGGAGUCUCGACGAUUUCAAUUCACUUCAACAUGUUUUAAAAGAAAAAUUGUCAAACAAGAAGUUCUUUAUUGUUCUUGAUGAUGUUUGGAGUGAUGAUGGUGACAAAUGGAGUUAUUUUAUGACCCCUUUCCAAUACGGGAAGAAGGGAAGUGUUGUUCUUCUGACUACUCGUGGGAAAAAUGUUGCUCUAGCAGUUCAGAACUGUCGCCCUUAUUUUCUGAAAGGGUUGUCAGAAGACUAUUGUUGGUCAGUGUUUGCUAACAAUGCAUCUUUUCCAGAAUCAAAUGGGAGAGCAACACUUGAAGAAAUAGGCAGAAAGAUUGUCAAGAAGUGUGAUGGUUUGCCAUUAGCUGCAGAAACACUUGGUCGCUUGUUACGUACAAAGCAUGAUGUUGAGGAAUGGAACAAGAUACUAAUGAGUGAUAUUUGGGGAUUUUCUAUGGAGAAGAGUAAGAUUAUUCCAGCAUUACUGAUAAGUUACUUCCAUCUUCCUCCACAUUUAAAGCUUUGUUUUGUUUAUUGUGCUUUAUUUCCCAAGGAUUAUAAAUUUGAUAAAAAUAAAUUAAUCCUUUUGUGGAAGGCAGAAGAAUUUUUACCACCACCAAAGAGAGGAGAAAGUUUAGAAGAAGUUGGUUGUGAGUGUUUUGAUGAACUAAGUUCCAGAUUAUUUUUCACGAAGAGAGAAGGCUUUGGUCAUUAUUUUGUGAUGCAUGAUCUCUUGCAUGACUUAGCAAUAUUCCUUGCUGGAGAUUUCUAUUGCAACUCAGAAGAACUUGGUAAAGAAGAGGAGAUAAGGAUUCAGACUCGGCAUUUGUGUGUAGAUUUAAGUCAUUGUAGCUCAAAACUUUAUAAUUCUAUUUCUAAAGUAGAAUCGUUGAGAACAUUAUUAUUGUGUGGCAAUUUCUCAUCUCCCAACUUCAACAUUGAAGCAGCAACAUGUGAGAUAUUAUCAAAGUGUAAAUACUUGAGAGUUUUAUCCUUUGAUAAACUUGGUGUGUUGCCUAAUUCAACAGGAGAAUUGAUCCAUCUGCGCCACUUGGAUCUCUCUUAUACUCAUAUAAAGACAUUGCCUGAGUCUUUGUGCAGCUUGUGUAAUUUGCAAACAUUGAAGUUAUGUGGUUGUUAUUGGCUAACUAUGCUGCCUAGUGGUUUGCAUAAUCUUGUGAGUUUGCAGCAUCUUGAUAUUAGAGAAACUGCUUUGGAAGAAAUGCCCAGAAAAAUGAGCAAAUUGAAUCAGUUGCAUGUUUUAAGUUCCUUUGUGGUCGGCAAGCACGAAGACAAUGGAAUCCAGGAGUUAGGAGGGCUAGUAAAUCUUCAUGGACCCUUCAAGAUUAAGAAGUUGGAGAAUAUUGUUGACGUGAAAGAAGCAAAGAGCGCAAAGAUAAUGGAUAAGAAGCACAUUGAUGAAUUAUGCUUGGAAUGGUCUUUAGGUGAUGAUUUGGUUUCAAGCACAGAAACAGAAAGAGACAUUCUGGAUAACUUGCAACCGCACAAUGGGUUGAAAGAGUUGAAAAUAUGGGGAUACAAGGGUACAAUAUUUCCAAAUUGGAUGGGACAUUGUUCCUACCAAAACAUGACAAGUGUAUAUCUAGAGUCUUGCAAGAAUUGCUGCAUGCUGCCUUCACUUGGGCAGCUGCCAUCUCUCAAGUCCCUAGGCAUUGAAGGUUUGGAUCAGCUGAGGAGUAUUGGCGAGGAGUUUUACAAGAAUGAAGGAGAUCGUCAUUCUUCACAUAUUGCACCGUUUCCUUCACUUGAGAGUUUGGAGUUUGAUAACAUGGCAUGUUGGGAGGUGUGGCAUGUAUCUGAGUCAGAAACUUUUCCUCAACUUAGGAAGCUUAAAAUAAGAAAUUGUCGAAUGUUGAAGGAAGAGAUGCUUAAUCAGGUAUUCUUCAGAAUCGUUUCUUCUUUGUCAUAUGUUUCCAAAGUUCGGAAACUACAUAUAGACACCGGUUUUACAGAAGAGCAUACCGAGGCCAUGUUUCUUGAUGGGGAGACUUUAUCAAUUUCGGGAUGUGAAUCUGUGGUGGAGUCUGCAUUUAAGGCAAUGAUGAGCAUCAACCAUCUAAGUUGCCUCCAACAAAUACAGAUCUGGAGCAGUAGAAAACUAGAAUUCCCCCGGCUACAGCAGCAGAAGUAUGAUUUGGUAGAGCUACAAAUAGACUACAGUUGUGAUUCACUAACCUCCUUGUCGUUGGAUGUCUUUCCCAAUCUCAAGAAUCUCGAGAUAACAGGGUGUGAGAAUCUGGAAUCAGUGUCAAUGUCAGAGGCACCACACGCUGCUCUUCAACGUCUCUCCAUUACUAACUGCGACAAAUUAGUUUCAUUUGCAGGAGAAGGACUGGCUGCACCCAACUUGACUCAUCUCCAGAUAUAUGGUUGCCCAAAUAUUUGCAGGUUACCAAAGGGUGGUUUGCCGCCUAACUUGAAAUCACUUGCAUGGGGAAUUUGUGAGCAACAAAUGAGGGAUUUAUCAUGGAUGGCCAACUUGCACGCCCUCACUCAUCUCAAAAUUUAUGGUUAUGGGUGUAAGAACAUAAAGUCAUACCCAGAGGUGGGUUCACUGCCUCACCUUCCCUCCCUUACCACUCUUGAGAUGUGCUGGUUCUAUAAUCUGGAGACAUUGGAGUGCAACGAGCUUCUCCGCCUCACCUCCCUUCAACAAUUGCACAUUUCAUGCUGCCACAAGCUGGAGAAUAUGGAAGGAGAAAAGCUGCCUCCCUCUCUCUUGCUACUUCAAAUUGAUCAGUGUGGUUUGCUGGGAGAACACUGCAAGAACAAGCAUCAACUAAUCUGGCCCAAAAUUUCCCACAUCCCCACCAUUCAAGUCAAAAACUUUUCCGAUACAGAUUCUGAGUAGUGAUAUAUCAGUGCCCAGCAUUUGGUAACAUAUUGUACCAUAUCUAUCCUUAUCAUCAGCAAGAACUAGAAGGGUAAGUUGUGAUUUAUGCUUGCAAAUGCUUGCUAGAUUUUAACUCUUUUAAAUAGAUGAAGAGUUAUCAUAUUAUUAUACACUCAUCUAAUGCCUUGUAUAAUUUCUUUUGGACACGUUAUCAAACAGGUUUUACAUAUACUAAGCUACAUAAGAUCAGGAAAAAUAUAUUAUUAUAAUAUGCAGGAGUAAAAUAUUCAAGAAGAAACCUUGUCUUAGAAUAUUUGAUCUUUUGGGACUUAAAGGGGAUGGCUACUGGUACUCUGUUCUAAAAUAUCUAUACUGAAAAUCCUUUCUUUAUAACUUGUAAUAUUAUGCCAAUCAAAUUAUGCUUGUGAUCACUUUAUUUUCUAACGAACUGCAUUUGACUUCCCCUUUGCAAUUUCACUUUUUUGGUGGCAUUUAUGUUUGUUAAAUAUAGUUGAAGUGUUUGAAUAUGUUAUAUUAUCAAAUGUACAGAGAAUCAGCCUCUUUAUAGAGGAAUUACAGAAAUAGAAAUAACUAGAAAAUAGGAAAGAAGG